AUGUGCGAUGUAUGCUCAGACUUUUUGCAAUUACUUCUCUCUUAUGAACUAGAAUCUUUCAAAGAUACAAAUGAGGACCAAAUCUUAAGUAAAAGAGAUAUUGGAAUUGUGCUGUCUUAUGUGCAGGCAUGGCCUUCACGGCAGUGUAUGUGUUGUUAUCGUGAUACAAAGAACUUGGAGAGAUUCAACUGUAUCACUCAAAACAUAAUUUAUUUGGCUGUUUGCCAGUUAAAAAAAUUAGGCGAGAAAGCAAAAGAAACAUACAAUAAUGAAAAAAGUAAGGAAAAGGUGGCAGGGGAAAAAGAUAAAGUUAAAGUUGCUGAUUCUACAGCGAAUCAAGAAAUAGAUCAGCUUUUGAUGCUUGUUUCAAAGAUAUUUAUUCUCAACUUUCCAUUGUAUGUUGCAUUUAAACAUACAAUACAAUCAAAACUAGAUGAUCUGACACAACAAGAAAUGCAAAAUCUAAAUAUUUUUUGUGAUUUACAUGAUUCUGAAAUACCCAUUUUUCUACUAAGAAAUGUUAGCUUUUUCUGUAAAACAGGAGGAAUACAUGCAAUGACUAAUUGCUUCUCUUACCUUUCACCUGAAGAAUUACCUGUUUCUACUGCCCAUGCUAUGAUUGCUGUUGUUUGUAAUUUAAAACUUUGGAUGAAUAUUAAGAGCACAGUAACAAUGUUGGUGCCCCUUCGUUCGUGUGUUCUUCGCUAUAUGUGCAAAUUAUCAGAUCAGGACUUAAGGACACCGACCAUAAAGAGUAUGGCAGAUUUUAUGUGGAAUGCUAUAAAGGAUCCUUUAGAUACUCCCAUGGCAUUUGAUAUUGAUGGUUUGGAUUUGGCAUUCAAAUAUUUCACGUCAAGUACACUGACGAUGAGAUUGGCUGGGAUAACGCAAAUUAACAAUCAAAUUGGAGUUCUGGCAGAGUUGUGUGUGGGGGAAGCCCUGCCCGAGGCCGAGUCCGCUCCCAGACAUAUGGCCGACUGGCUUAUCAGCAACAAAAUUAUAUCGCACAUUUUUGGACCAAAUUUGCACGUUGAGGUAAUAAAACAGAGUCACAUUAUACUCAACUUCUUGGCGAUGGAGGGCCGUAUAACAUGCGAACACAUUGAUACGAUAUGGGCCGCAGCUCAAUUAAAACACUGCUCAAAAACUGUACAUGAUUUACUACCAGGCCUCGUGAAGCACCUUCCCGCUCCCCCCGCAUUGCAUCUUUACUCAUUGCUGUUUAAAAUGGAACCCAAGGAGCAUACCGAACAGACUUUAUUUCUAGCAUCGGCAUUAAUUAAAUUUAUCUGGACCAAAGGAGGAGCUGGUGCAGAGGCAGGACUUAUAGGAUUAGCUGCAUCAGCUGCGGGAAUAGCACUCCACAAAUGCCACAGUUCUACCGAAAAUAGCGGUGAAACUUCUGGUCAGUCAGAGAGUCAUAAGUCAGAAAGUGAAGACAUCGAUGGUGUCGAACUUGACGAUUUGGAGGAACAAAGCGUUGCUGUUGAUAGCGAGGGACCGACACCUUGUAAAGUGCCCCGAAAGCAAGUGUCGCCAGAAAGGAAAAACGUUGGAGGAAGCAGCAGUGACGUCGACAUCGAAGAAGAACUUCCAAAAGGAGAAAGUAACGGAAAGAAGGGAAAGGCACAAACACCUGGUGUGACGUUAUCAGAAAAGAGGCAUGUUUCUCCACGUAAAAAAAUUAAUGUAAAUGCAGCAGCUGAAGCUAUGGACGAUUUGGCAACUAGUAGUUCUCCAGAAGAAGCCGAAUCUGAAGGUAUAAAAUUCGGAAGAAAACGAAAGAAAAUCCUCAGGAGGACGAGAAAUCGAAAAUUAAAAGAAUUUUUAGGUAAAAGAGUAAAUAAGAGAAACGUACAGGCUCCCGAAGUAGUAGCGUUAAGUGAAGAGGACGGGGAUAGUGACCAAGAAAUGAAAAGGGUUUCAGUAAAGGAAGCUGCAGCGUUGAUUUUGCCUAGUCAGGUUAAUAAUUUAGUCGAUACAGGUCUGAAACAAGCCAUUUAUAUGGAAGAAAGUUCAUCCUGUAGCGAAUUAGGAAAAGAAACUGCGGCAAUUGAAGGAGCUGAAGGCUCUUGCCCUAAUACUUUUUUGGCCAUACAUUCAAGAGCUGCUGCAGAUCGUAUUUUGGAACUUUUAAGUGGUGAAGAGGCAGAGGCCGAAGGUGAUGGAGAAGGCAGUUAUUCAUCGAGAAUGAGCACCAAAUCAGAGAAAAACAUGGCCGAUUUUGAUGGCGAAGAUUCCGUCUGUGAAGAAGAACUGGCACAGUUAGCUGAACAUGCACAGAUGAACCUGGACUCUUUGGCGAAUCAGUCAUCUCCAGAGAAGUCUCCCCAGAGGCUAGAUCCGCGACUUUCUGCCUGUUUUAAAAUAGAAAACGUCUGCUUACCCGGCAACACCCUCCUGUGGGAUCUGCUUCAAGAUAACAAGAUUAGUCAAUUGGGUGAAGGCCUGGCCUUAGAAGCCGAAAAGACCCUGUGCAACAUCUUAUGCUAUAACACAGACAGAAUAAUCAGAAUGAAAUUUAUUGAAGGAUGUCUUCGUAAUUUGGCCAAUAAUACCUCCGUCAUUGUCUCUUUACGUCUUCUUCCGAAGUUACUUACGUCGUUUCAACAGUUUCGGGGCUUAGACAUGCACCAUAUCACUCACUGGGCUGAACGACAGCAUCACAUGAUGUCUCAUUUCUUCAAUAAUUUGAAAGUUUACACUGCAGACCCUAGCAAAGCGCUCACGUUGUAUUCGCAUCAGAUGCAAAUUCAAGUUCGACUACAUUUCUUAUCUGCUGUUUUUUCACCUCUGGGGUCCCCUCAAACAUUUAAAUUAAGUCUGGAACAGGUGGACACAUUAUGGGAGUGCCUGGCACAUGAUCCUGAAUGCUCAGACGAGCUCUUCAGCUGGCUGCUGUCUCAAGCUAAAAGUAUCGAACUUCACGCACUUGGAUUGAAGGCACUCAAACGCCUUUACCUUCAUCAUCUGCCUAGUUUGCCCCCUGAAAAUUUCAGCAUGACUUGUUUGAGUCUAUUCCAACAGUUAUGCAAUUUGGCCAGGAUCGCGACUGCCAACAUGGAUGCUAAUGGGCACGAUGGUUACGUUGUUGGUAUGGAUCACAUGUGGAAAAUCGCCCUUAAAGCUAACAAUACCGAUGUUAGUAUGGCUGCUAUUCAGUACUUGAACGGAUACUACAUGGGGCAGAAUCUUCAGCACGAGGGACAGUUCGUUUGGCAGUGUAUGUCGCACUUGGCGGCUGCCACAGACGAUCUAGUGUCCUCUACAACCCCCGGGACCGAAGAAGCGCCCUUAUUGUACAUACAAAGAGCCCUGUUGUUGCUUAAAACACAUAUGGAAACCUUUAGGCGCAGGUACGCUUUCCAUUUACGACGUUGGGCCUUAGAGGGCAAAGGAGUGGGUAGCCACGCCGCUUUAGGAGACCGGUCUUCCACCCUUAUAAGAUUAAUGGUACAACCUGCUGUGAUGUCAGAAAGGUCCGUUUUGGAUCUCUUAAGUUCGGAUUAUGUUGCCGACCUAAGAGCUGAAGUGGUUACUUGGUGGGAAAAACUUUGCGAGAUCAGAAAUGCUGAGUCAGAAAAUCAAAGAAGCUCUCCUGCUUUACAAGAAGGGCCAAUACGAAUCAUUACACAAGGCCAGGAACUUACCACUGAAUCUGAUGAAAAAACUCUGGCAGAAAUGGGUUUCAAAGAUAAUCAGAUGGUGUUUAUAUCAGUCGGGGCCGCUCGCGGAUUAAAGAAAAGGGAAUGCGCAGACUCGCCCUCCCUUCAACCACCUCCCCCCAGAGAAUCGAUUCCUACCCUUCUUUUGCUUAGGCCUAAUUAUUUCGAACAGCUGUUUGGCCUAAUGCAUACUCUUAGCAACAUGAAGACACCAGUUAAGGGCGGAAAUAAGAUGCCUCAUACAAAAGCACAAGUUCUCAGCAGAAGAGUGUGGGACAUUUUGAGUCUCUUACCGACGAAUCCGACUCUAUUAAGAGGCUUCCAGAACCUGGACACACCACUUGCCGAGCUCCUUGACCCGUCUAGUCCUCAGAAGUUGAUGUAUUCACUGUACAUCGUCGAGUCGUUGAGUGUCAAGACGAGCACCAAGAAUCAGGAAGAUGGCAAGGAGCCCUGGAGCAACGUGUUUAUACAACAAGGGGGACUUAGCACCAAGAAUCAGGAAGAUGGCAAGGAGCCCUGGAGCAACGUGUUUAUACAACAAGGGGGACUUAGGCACUUGUUUGAUAUUUUUAUGUCAGGUGUCUUACAAAAGUCUGGAGAUAGUGGAGGCGAGUGGCACCAAGACUGUUUGGCGUCCUUGUUAAAACUGCUGUGCCACUUGGGGGUUGAGAACACUCCUAACGAUACCAGACCUUCAAGGAAUGAGAAAAUAAUUAUUCCUAGUCUUAAUGAGUGUUUGUUGUCGAUGAUAGAAGUGAAGAGUACUAUGCAUAGGCUUACUAGCAUCUUACAAGAGGCGUCCAUGCCGAGAGAUCCUAACUAUUACAAAACUGGAUUCUGGGGAAGAGCUCAAGUGGUUCAUUACGCAAUGUCCUUGUUGGUAUCGUGGUUACACUGCAGUGAACAAGCAAAGCAAGCGCUCUUUGAAACUCCCAGUUUUUCUGUAUGGCUACAGAGACUGGUGUUAGAAGAUCCAGAACCUGCUGUACGAAGAGAAGUGUGCUCUGCCCUUUACAGAUUGUGCUUGGGCAUAUCAGCUCGUAACGACACGUCUGACCAUAGCAUCACAGCCCCGAUUCUAGCACAGUUGCUUAACUAUUUAACUGUGGCGGAAAGUAUGCGACCCCAAAAGUUAGACGGUAUACAAGCACCAGAGGAAGGCAAAGAACCUUAUGGGCCAGCAUGUCGAGAUUAUUUUUGGUUGAUUUCACGACUGGUUGACAGUUUACCUGACGACGUCGUCAAAGAAAGUAUAGAGGAACCUCAGAAUUGUGUGAUAGAUGUAAAUAAUUUAACUGCUAAAGUGGCCGAAUCAGUAUUAGCCCGGGAAUACCUGGAAACGAGGCACAGGACCGUCGACGAUGACGGUCUCAUAGGACUGCUAAACCUGCUCACAAAUCUUUUGAAACAUAGGUUGCCAUUCCAAGCCAGUAAACAGGGUCAAGAAUUGAUAUCUGAAAUUUUCGAUUUUCUCUUCGCGCUUCCCAAUCCAAAGAAACGUCAUGUUCCUAAAUGUAAAUCAGUAAGAUCUCGAACGGCUGCAUUUGAUCUUCUCGUAGAAUUAGUUAAAGGUUCGCCCGAAAAUUACGCCAUCUUACACGAAAAACUUCUUCAACAACAUCAACCAGGUCCAAAUUCUCCUUAUCCUUGGGACUAUUGGCCCCAUGACGAUGGCAGAUCAGAGUGCGGAUAUGUUGGACUUACGAACCUGGGGGCUACCUGUUACAUGGCGUCCUGUAUGCAGCACCUGUAUAUGAUGCCCCAGGCGAGAUCGUCAAUCCUUUCAGCAAACGUGGAACAUUCCAAACACGAAUCAACUCUGAGGGAGCUUCAAAGAAUGUUCGCCUAUUUAUUGGAAAGUGAAAGGAAAGCUUACAAUCCUCGGAGUUUUUGUAAAGUGUAUACAAUGGAUCAUCAGCCCCUGAACACUGCCGAACAGAAGGACAUGGCUGAGUUCUUCAUAGAUCUUGUCAGUAAAUUAGAAGAAAUGACGCCGACCUUAAAAAAAGUGAUAAAAACUCUUUUUUGUGGCGUUAUAAGCAACAAUGUCGUGUCACUAGACUGCAAUCACGUUAGUCGAACCCUCGAAGAAUUCUACACUGUUCGUUGUCAGGUGGCGGACAUGAGAAAUUUGUACGAAUCUUUGGACGAAGUUACCGUUAAGGAUACUCUUGAGGGUGAUAACAUGUACACAUGUUCGCAAUGUGGCAAAAAAGUACGAGCUGAGAAGAGGGCAUGUUUUAAAAAACUCCCUCAGAUAUUGUGCUUUAACACAAUGAGAUAUACUUUUAAUAUGUUAACGAUGUUAAAGGAGAAGGUCAAUACGCAUUUUUCAUUUCCAUUAAGACUGAACAUGGCGGGGUACGUAGAAAAGCAGCUUAUGCCUCAACAGUAUCAAGAAGAAAAAGAGAAGAGCGGUGACUUUGAGGAGGUGGAACAAUAUGAAUAUGAUCUUAUAGGCGUGACAGUGCAUACGGGUACUGCAGACGGGGGUCACUAUUAUAGUUUCAUCAAAGAUAGAACAGGGGGCUCUAGAGACAAAUGGUUUCUAUUCAACGACGCUGAAGUGAAACCUUUUGAUCCCAAUCAAAUAGCAGCAGAAUGUUUUGGCGGAGAAAUGACUAGUAAAACUUAUGAUAGUGUAACGGAUAAGUUUAUGGACUUUAGCUUCGAAAAAACGAACAGCGCUUACAUGCUUUUUUACGAACGGUGUCCUAUAAACGUGAGCGGUAGUCCUGAAGGCGUCGAAUGUCCUUCAACUGCAUUCGAACCUGACGAGAGCACUAUAUCGUCCUGUUCGUCUUCAAGUACGACCACGUUUGAAUUGAGCAAAGAAUUGGCCGAUUGGAUAUGGCAGGAUAAUAUGCAUUUCAUACAGGACAAAAAUAUCUUCGAACACACAUAUUUCAAUUUUAUGUGGCAAAUAUGCGGUUACAUUCCUCAAACAAUUUUGCCCAUACAGCCUGAUAUCACUCAGAAAGCAGCCCAAUUGUCCAUGUCGUUCUUUAUCGAGACGUUCAUUCAUGCCAAGGAAAAGCCAACGAUGGUUCAGUGGGUUGAAUUGGUCACCAAACAGUUCAAUGCAUGCCAAGAAGCAUGUGUAUGGUUUUUGGAACACAUGGCACAAGACACAUGGUGGCCUGUUCAGGUACUUCUAAAAUGCCCCAAUCAAAUGGUAAGGCAAAUGUUCCAGAGGCUAUGCAUCCACGUUAUUCAAAGAUUGAAGCCAUUGCAUUCUAGUUUGUAUUUGGCAGUAGACGACGAGGAUGAUAGCGGGGGAAAUAAUGACGAAUUAAGUGAUGACGACUUACUAAAGGUCAAACCCCAAAAAAUUGGAAACGUAUCCUGUGUUACCAAAUUUGUAAAAACCCUCCUAUCAUUGAUGGAACAUGGUGCAAAGGCCCACUUAAAACAUCUGACAGAAUUUUUCGGUUUUCUGUAUGAAUUUAGCCGGAUGGGAGAAGAAGAAUCUAAAUUUUUAUUAACCGUUGGUGCUGUAAACACAAUGGUUCAAUUUUAUCUUGGCCAAAAGGCAAACGAUUUUGUGGAUGUAAGUGAAGGUGAAGAAGAAGAAGAAGUAGUUGCUUUGCCUACAGAUAAAUAUAAACCAGCAUCCCUAGAUAAAAUGAUCACCUUGAUAGCAUCCCUUGUUGAAAAGAGUAGGGAUGCUUCAGGACGAUUGAAAUUGAGUGCCAAAGACCAAAAUGCUGUGGCUGGAGGAAAAGGUUUCCCCUUCUUGUACCAACAAAUAAAAGACAACAUAAACUUGCAACAAACCCGCAACCUUAUUCACUCGCUCUGCAAAGGGAACGAAAGACUCGCCACCCAAAUUAUUAGCAUGAUCUCUCAAGCCAUUAGCCGACAUUCAGAAUCUUGCCAGCCAUUCUUCAAAAUACUAACAUUGUUAACAGAAAGUAGUUCUCAAAGUUCGGCUAAUAAUCAACCUGGUCAGCCCUGUUUCACGCAAUUGGUGUUGCAAAGGGUGUGGGAGGCGGCUGAAUGUUGUCCCUAUUCGGCUCUCGAUUGGCUUGCCCUGCAAGUGACCCGUAGUCGUCUUGUACACCAGUGGGUCCUCAAUUCGAUGAACUCGUGGCUCGAGCAUUUUUUAAUUGCUCACGGCAACCAACGAGUCAGAAAUGCUGCUGGAUAUUUAUUGGUAUCUUUGGUGCCUAGUACACAGUUCCGCCAAGGUUUCAGAGCAACUCAUCGGCUACACCGUGAACCUCAGUUAUCUGCAGAAGCCCAGUCUGUUCUUCACAAGAUAUAUACAGAACUUCUAAGACUCUUAGCCUCCGCAAAACAUUAUACCGACAUACAGCAGCACGGCACCAUGAAACUUACCGCGUAUUUUGCCCUGUUGAUGUACUGUUGCAUUUCGAGGACAGAAAAACUGAUGUUUGGUCAGUACUUUAUGCAGCUGUGGCACCUGUUUCAUCCCAAAUUAUCUGAACCUUCCAUACCUGCCCAUCAUAAUAAACAGGCCUUGCUCGCCUUCUGGAACCACGUGUGUACCGAUUGUCCGGAAAACGUGCAGCUCAUGCUUCAGAAUGCUCAUGUUACCAAAAAUAUUGCAUUUAAUUAUAUACUGGCAGACCACGACGACCAAGAAAUCGUUAUGUACAACAGAGCAAUGUUGCCGGCAUACUACGGUCUCUUGAGGAUGAUGUGCCAACAGUCGAAGAAUUUCACGAGACAUCUUGCGCAACACCAGAAUCUUCAGUGGGCUUUUAAAAACAUCACGCCACAUCCCACGCAGUAUCCCAUUGCGGUCGAGGAACUGUUUAAAUUGAUGCAGCUUUUCGUUACUAAAUAUCCGGACGCAACGGAAGCUGAGCAACGAGAAAUUUGCUCUUUUAGGAGGUCGACCCUUACUGCUUAUUUACAGUGUUUGGAUGGUAGAACGAGUUGGGCGACUCUCAUAUCUGCAUUUAGGAUAUUAAUCGAAUCCAAUGACGAUAGACUAUAUAUAGUUUAUAACAGUGGCCUUCAAAUAGUUUUCGAGUCAUUCCAAAAUUUACACGUAAUGUUGCACGAAGCAACAACAUGCCAUGUAUCUGGAGAUCUGACGGAGAUCCUGUCCAUCCUGCUUGAUCUGGUCCGUUGUUUAAGGAUAUACAGGGAACCCAAGGACGCAAGAAGUAUUCUGCUCAAUUGCAAGGAUUGGCUUGAGGUACUUCGAAAACUCGCAACACUUCUGAAUACUUACAAUCCCCCAGAGAUGCGCUUGUUGUGCAUAGAAAUUUUAAAAGAGUUCGUGUUAAUAAUGCCAGGAGAAGUAAUGCAAAUUUCGGUUCCCCUAUUGUCACACUGUCACUCUGCGUUCCACGACAACCACGACGCUGUUCCAUUGGGACCAUACUUUCCCAGAAGAGGACAUCCUUUGCCACCCUCUGCUGGUAAAGGGACUGGGAGACCUUUAAGGCCAAUGGUACAAAUGACUGUCCCUCAUAAUCAACUCGAAUGUAACCACGGUGUCGAUCCGGAGUAUGAUGAAGCAUUGGACAAGUUUUACACACCAUAUCACGAAUUUAUCGACAUGCUUUGUCGAUUAGCUGUUAAUUCAGAAUCUUUAUCUGAAGUUAUGAUCACUUUAAGUGCGAUGGUAGGCUUUGAGGCGGUGCCUUUACACUCCAUUUACUUCCCUAAAUUUUGGCUGGAUGUCUUACGAGUACAGCACGUGGACAGAAAAUAUAUAACGAUGUUGACUUCGUGCACCUAUUUCGUGGAUUACGUAGACGCAGUGCUUCUAGACGAACGUCUGGCCCUCACCAACGACAUAAUCUACGAAUUUCUUACCACUUUCUUUCCCAAAGUUUCAGAUCGAGUUUUGACUGAACAAACCCUAAACAUGAUCGACAACACAGUGGUUACGUUAAGCGAACAAGUCGUUUCGAUGGAUAUUAAAAAAAUGGCAAGACGUCUGGCCGGAGACCUAAGGGCUCUCGUUCUUGUAUACAAUAGUCCCGAGGCUGUACCACCUCCGUUACUCAAAACUACACUUCAACAACUCAAAACUAGGGUCGAGGACGUAUUAAAGGAAUUUGAAUUUGAGGGAGAAAAUUCCAGUAGCAGUAAUUCAGAAGAAAACUCGAAAACAAUCCCUAAAAGCGAAGAGGUGAAUCAAAAAGAGGACCUAGCGAAACCGGGAUGUUCAAAGGACCCUGAGGAUAGCAGUCUAGUCAAAAGUGAUUCGAAAAAGGAGCGACGUCAAGACAACAGUGACGAUGUUUCUGAAAUACAAAAUGCGAGCAACAGCGAGGAAAUGAACAGUGGAGAUGAGCAAAAGUCCGGCAGUAACCAAAAAGACUUCAAGGACGAUAUCAAGCUUCUCAUGUCCGCCGUGGAAGAGCUCCUCACCAUCGCUGAAAAGGUUUAAAAACUCGAAAAUGUGUGUAUGGUUAAAACAAUGUUUCAAAUUGCAAUUAUUAUUGGAUUAAUUAAUUAAAAACGGAGAUAAAUAUGAAACUACAUCGCGGACCAUUCGUUUCGAUUUUCUGUUUUAUUAAUUUUUUUCAUGUACAUCACUUUGUCUCUUCUUAAAUGCAUAAUAUCGUAUACGUAGAUGUGUUAAGGGUACAGUUUUUUGUGUCUUAGUAAUUUUUCUAGAGAAUGAAACGCGAACAGCUAUUUAUUUCACCAUCUCUUCUCUUUCGUUUAUUCAUCUGUCUGUCUGUCUGCAUCUCAUUCCCUCUCUGUCCUGUUGAAGCCUGAAAUCGUGUGGUACAGCCAAUCUUUUACGGAAGCAGGGUUAAUUUUGUCGUCGGUGCGUGGAGGAUUAACAAAUUUGCCAGUCUUUAUUUAGCAAAUUGAAUAAAUGUGUGAAGAUUUUUUUGUAAAAAUGUUAAUAAAAAUGCCUUUUUACACGUCUCAUUAUCCUUUGCUUCCUCCAAAGAUUAAUAUUUUUUAAUU